GCCAUGACGCUGGCCUUCGAGUUGCUGCGCGUGCUGGCCACGUGCUCGUCCGUGGUGCUCUACGUGUCUCCGUGGCCCGACUUCCAGCGCAUCCAGCGGCGCGGCUCGCCCGGGGACACGUCGCUACUGCCCGUGGUCAUGCUCUUCUGCAACGCGUGGAUGUGGUGCGUCUACGGCUGCGUGGCCCAGAGCAUCUUCCCGCUCGUGGUUGUCAACGCGUUCGGCGUGGCCACGAGCGUCUUCUUCUCCGUCGUCUACGUGCGCUGCAGCUCCGCGGACCAGCGGCAGUACGCGUGCCAGCUCUGGAUCUGCGCGGGGCUCGCCAUGGCGCUGGCCACCGCAUACGGCAUCUUCGGCGUGCAGGGCGUCACUAACCAGCUGCCGGCCCAAGUCGCAGCCACGCUCGGAGUCGUGUGCGUCACGGCCAACAUCUGUCUGUUCGCGUCGCCGCUGGAGACCAUGGGCAAGGUCGUCCGCCUCAAGUCGGCGGCGUCGAUGCCCAUCGCGCUGUGCGUGGCCAACCUCACGUCGGGCGCGCUCUGGUCCACGCUGGCCAUCGCCCAGAACGACAUGUUCGUGCUGGCGCCCAAUGCGCUGGGCACGAUGCUGAGUCUGGUGCAGGUGGGGCUCUACCUCGCGUACCCGCCGCUGCCCGACGCGGACGUGGGGGUUCUGCGCUCCGAGCGCGCGCGGCCGCUACCGGUCAUCACGACCGCCUCCGAGCGCGACGAGCUCAGUGUGAAGGUCGCAGUGCAAGGGCCCGUGUUCCUGCCGGAACCGACGUCGUUGACGCCUCUCGUGGCGGGACGAGGUGAGGCCAGGUCGCUGCUGCCGGAGACCUACGGAUCCAAGGGUGUGCAGGUGACGGCUGCCUGA